CUGUGUCCCUUGGACACAGCGGAUCACCGAUCACGGAAAGAGCCGAAGAUGUCGGCUCGGUUAUAUGAUCAGCCAAUCACAGCUGAUCACAUGGGACAUCUACACUGAUCAUCAGGGCACUGAUUAUCAGUGUGCCCUGAUGAUCAGUGUAGCCCCAGCAGUGUCACCUGUCAGUGUCCAUCAGUGCCUGAUACCAGUGCCCAUCAGUGCCACAUCAAUGCCACAUAUCAGUGCCUACCAGUGCACAUCAAUGCCACAUAUCAGUGCCCAUCUGAGCUGCCUUUCAGUGUCACCCAUCAGUUGCAGUCAGUGCCACCUAUUAAUGCCAAUCAGUGCCAGUCAGUGCCGCCUAUCAGUGCCAGUCAGUGCUGCCUAUCAGUGCCAGUCAGUACAACCUAACAGUGCCAGUCAGUGCUGCCUAUCAGUGCCAGUCAGUGCUGCCUAUCAGUGCCAUAUAUCAGUGCCAUGUAUCAGUGCUGUCUUUCAGUGCCCAUCAGUGAUGCCUGUCAAUGCCCAUCAGUGCCACCUACCAGUGCCUCCUCAUCAGUGCCCAUCAGUGCCACCUAUCAGUGUCCAUUAGUGCAGCCUAUCAGUGCCCACCACUGCAGCCUCAUUAGCGUAUAUCAGUGAAGGAGAAAAAUCACUUAUUUACAAAAUUUUAUAGCAAAAACUUAGAAAAAACGUUUUUAUGCCAAACUUUUCAGUGGUUUUUGGUUUGUUUAGGAAAAAAUAA